GCUGUGUUGUAUUCCCACCCAAUUUCUUGGGCAGCUGAUGGAUCUCUGGGAGAAACACAAGAAAACCUGCUGAAAUGGAAAACUACUGCUGAAGGAAGGAUUGUUCAUCUCUUAGGCUUCCAUUUGGAUGGGCCUGCCUUAACAUUGUUUGAAAUGCAGCGAGCAAUUGCAGAAGUCUUCAUAUUUCUAGAAGGAAGGACUGCAGAAGACAUUUUUGCCCCAGGGAGGCAGGGAUAGAAGCUACAGAAACGAUGAGCGUCCUUGGGGCCAAUGGGCAGUCACCUCUAGGGUCUGACUCCAGAAGCUGUGGAAUUCAGAUCUUCUCAUCCCCUGGGCCCAGUGCUCCCAGCAAGUAGAACAUCUCCUAUCUCGGCUUUAGCCUUCCUUCCUGGUCCAUACAAGAAUCAAGCUCAGGAGAAGAAGAGAAAAAGCCCAAUCAUUUUGGAGUUGGGAAGAGGCUAGAACAUGGCUCCUGAUUCUGUGACCUUGAGCUUCAUAGAGGAACUGAAAGACUCCUCUAUAAAAAGGUGGAGUGGUUCUAAAUUUCCGGCGGCCAGUGGGAACCGAGCAGCAGCGGAUUCAGCCCAAAGAGGCUCAAGGCUGAGCCAUGGGAGGGGCCAGCGAAGGGGGCGGGAACUGAACCCCGGCGGACUUGUACAGUGUGCGGCGCCGGCUGCUCAGAGCGGAGCCAUGAGCUGGACCUGCCCGCGUUGCCAGCAACCCGUUUUCUUUGCAGAGAAGGUGAGCUCCCUGGGCAAGAACUGGCACCCAUUCUGUCUGAAAUGUGAGCGCUGCCACAGCGUCCUGUCCCCAGGAGGGCAUGCAGAGCACAACGGAAGGCCGUAUUGCCACAAGCCAUGCUAUGGGGCUCUCUUUGGACCCAGGGGGGUGAACAUUGGUGGUGUGGGCUCCUACCUCUACAAAUCCCCCACCCCCACCCCUGCCAGUGCUACUCCCCUUAGCCCCAGCAGGUUCAGCCCCCCCAGGCCCAGGACUGGCCUCCCCCAGGGCAAGAAAAGCCCUCCCCACAUGAAGACGUUCACUGGGGAGACCUCGCUGUGCCCAGGCUGUAAGGAACCCGUCUAUUUCGCUGAGAAGGUGAUGUCUUUGGGCAGAAAUUGGCACCGACCCUGUCUGAGGUGCCAGCGGUGCCGGAAGACCCUGACUGCUGGGAGUCACGCUGAGCAUGACGGCGUCCCCUACUGCCACAUCCCCUGCUAUGGCUACCUGUUUGGCCCCAAAGGUGUGAACAUUGGUGAUGUGGGCUGCUACAUCUAUGACCCCGUGGAGAUAAAAUCCAAAUGAGAUGCUCAUAGCAGAGGUCACCCUAACUCAGGCCUCCCAUCAUCCUCUCCAUGGUCCAAUGGAAGCUACAGAAUUCUCUAGUCCCAUGAGGGUAGGAGAAGGUGGGAUUCUGGCGGCCUGGGCCUAGGCUCCAUGGUAGACCAGAGUCUAGACUUUCUCUGCCAACUCCUCCCUUUCCCAUUCCUAUCUGGUCAGGGAACAUAGGCCACCCCAUUUGAAGGUUAGUGUCUUGGUCUUCCCAAUCCCUUGACCCAGCAAAUUCUGUAACUUCAAGGUACUCAUAAAACUUCUGUUUAUUUUGGCUUCUCCAAUAAAAU